AUGGGCAUUCAUGGAAUCUACAAGGAGAUCGGGCCCGGAAAGCGCAUAGCCCUCUCGAAACUCGCCGUGGAGAAGUUUGAAGAGACCGGCAGACCGUUGCGCAUUGCCAUCGACACAUCUAUCUGGCUCUUCCAGAUACAAGCAAGCAAAGGUGGCACUAAUCCCGCCCUGCGCACCUUCUACUACCGCCUCCUUCGUUUGAUCGCACUCGCUAUUCAUCCCGUCUUCGUAUUCGACGGACCAAACAAGCCACCUUUCAAACGGAACAAACGCACCGGCCCCAAUGUCGCAUCUAUACCCGAAUUCCUAGCGAAGCAGCUCCUGAAACAAUUUGGUUAUCCUAUACACCUAGCGCCAGGAGAGGCAGAGGCAGAAUGCGCGUUAUUACAGCGCGAAGGCAUAGUCGAUGCCGUGUUGAGUGAAGAUGUGGAUACUCUCAUGUUUGGAAGCGGCAUCACCAUUCGGAACUGGUCGCCAGAGAAGACAGGCAAGACGCCGACGCAUGUCAAUGUCUAUGAUGCAGUCGAGACAAAGAACGGGCCGACGGGCUUGGAUCGGGAAGGCAUGAUUUUGGUCGCGCUGAUGAGUGGAGGAGACUAUGUUCCCGAAGGUAUUCCCGGGUGCGGUCCAAAGACGGCAUGCGAGGCCGCGAAGGCUGGCUUUGGGAGCGACCUAUGCAAAAUCCCGAGGAAUGAUGCCAGGGCUCUGUCAGAGUGGCGAGAGCGACUACAGCACGAGUUGAAGUCGAAUGAGAGCAAGCACUUCAAGCGAAAGCACGGCGCUCUAAAAAUUCCCCACGACUUUCCUCGACUGGAUAUUCUAGGAUACUACACGCAUCCGGCCAUUUCCAACCAGGCUGGACUGGAUAAACUUCGUCGAUCGAUCAACUGGGACCAAGAUCUUGACUUCCCAGGCCUACGCGACUUUACCCACGAUGCGUUCGAUUGGGUUAAACUGGAAGGCGCAAAACACUUCAUCCGCAGUCUUGCGCCCUCUCUUCUCGUGCGCCAACUACAUAUGCGAGCUAAAAAGCUCGAUCGAUUCCCUACGUCUGAUCUUCAGGCCAUACAAGAAGACGAAGCACUCCUUGUCAAGGGGAUUCACGGAAAACGAACUCACCCGGUUACCGACAAUAGUACGGAACUUCGUGUAAGCUUCAACCCUAUUGAGCUUGUGAAGAUCGACAUCAGUAAGGAAGACCCCGAUGAUGAGCCCGAUGCACCGCCCCCGAACUCACAGAUGGGCGAAGUUGAUCUAGACGACGACUUGCCCUUGGAUCUUGAAGAUGACGGUAAGAAACGCGGUCCCACAAAGUUCGACCCUGCAAAGGCUGCGAGGAUAUGGGUCAUGGAGACCUUUGUCAAGAUUGGAGUGCCGUUGAAGGUUCAAGAUUGGGAAGCGGAACGACGGACGAAGCUAAAACCAAGGCGAGCAGCAACGGUGCAAGACUCUGGUAACACUGCACCGAAGGCGAGGAGUGGUGCGAAGAGGAUGAAAACUACGGGAGAUCUACCACAGGCUGCCAUUGAACGAUUUGCAAAAGUCACCAAGCCUCGCGUGAAGCUGUCCCGAUCCUUAGCGAAGACGCAAGAUGAAAGUUCUGGCCCCCCCCGGCCACCAUCGCAGCCUGCACCACAAGCAAAAAGAAAUGUGGUAAACUUACUAUCUUCGUCGCCUGUGCGAAAACAACGCACAACACCAGCACCCCAGGCGGUACGUGAGAAGUCACUGUCUCCAGUCAUGGAAGUGCUGCCACCGAGCGUGAUGAAGAGAAGGCGAGCCCCGAUACAGCGCUCCCACACACUCUCGGCCGAUAUUACUACUUCGUUCGGUCGGCCAAACACACCACCAUUAGACACUAUAGAAGUGUUGGACUUGGAGGAUUCACCUGUACUUCCUUCACUCUCACAGGUUCCCCUAAAAAGAGCGAAAGCACAAGCUGCGAAAACUGUACCAUUCAUGAGAGCCCUACGCGGUACUUCUGUCACUUCAGCCCCAGGAAAGUCGAGACAGACUACAUUGGAUACAUGGCGAGCUUCGGCAACACCUACAAAGCUACGAGAUGCUACGCCGGUAAUUGAUGCAGCACCUAUAUCUGUACCGCCAGAACUUCGACCAUCUGCCGAAGGUGUCGACACAUUAGAUUUGACUCUUUCGUCGCCAUUACUAUUACAGAAACAGAACCCUCUUCCUUUGAAGCUCCGACAGACUGUUCCAAAAUCGUACACGCGGCCGCCAUCAAUCUCGUUAUCUUCCAACGCUUCACACACUUCUAGGCGUUCUACAUCGUCCUCAUCUUCAACUUUGAGCAAGAGGUCCAGCACUAAAGACGCCACAACUACCACUCGGAGUCAACGCGUCUCGCCUCGUCUCAACAAGACAGCAUCCGCCUCUCCAGAGAUCGACACGUUGGAUCUUACAACCCCACCUCCCGUUGCAAGACACUCUAUGUCACCAGAGGUUGACACAUUGGACCUAUCAGAACUCUCCCCUGUAUCUCCUCCCGCACCAGUAUCAAAAACCACCACACCACUCUCUCCAUCGCUUACUCAGAGCCCCCCCUCAAAUCUCCGCCGCUCUCCACGCAAUCACAAGUCCACGUCACCGAAGCCUCGCAUAAGAACAUCACCACCAGCGGCAUGGAAAGCGCGGGAAAAGAAAAAGCGGCAGAUUGUACUACGAGAAAGUGUCGCUGGUGCAUGGGACUUUGUGGAUAUUGAUAGUCCGCCAAAGGUGGGCGAGGGUGUCGCAAAUGCUGAGCUCAAAGGAAAAGAGAGACGAAAGUGGCGAGAGAGCGAGGUUGAGGUGCUGGAUCUGACUUAG